AUGGCCAGCGACGACGAUGAGCUGCAGAAUCUCGGCUACAAACCCUCCUUCAAACGAGAGUUCUCCAAUCUCGCAACCAUUAGCUUUGCGUUCAGCAUCAUGGGUCUCUGCUCGAGUGUUUCGACCACCUUCAAUACCCCUCUGCUCUCCGGUGGACCCUCUUCCGUCGUAUGGUGCUGGAUCCUCGGCUCAUGCAUGUGCUUCACCCUCGGCUCCAGCAUCGCUGAGAUCGUCUCAGCUUAUCCAACCUGCGGCGGCCUCUACACGGCCUCCGCAAAGCUCUGCCCCGAAAAGCACCGCGCCAUCGUCGGCUGGAUCGUCGGCUGGCUCAACAUCCUCGGCCAGGUUGCCGGCAUCUCCUCCACCGAGUUCGGUCUCUCCAAUAUGAUCCUCGCCGCCGUCUCCCUCAGCCGCCCCUCGUUCACCAUCACGCCGGGCAUGACCGUCGGCCUCUUCGCCGGCCUGCUGUGCGUGCACGGCCUGCUCAACUCACUCGCUACCCGCUAUCUCGCAUUUGCCACCAAAGGGUUUGUAUUUAUCAACCUCGGCGCGACCUUCGUCAUCAUUAUCGUGCUCCUCGCGACGACCCCGCGCUCGGACAUGCAUUCCGCUGGCUAUGUCUUCGGUACCGAGGGUAUCGUCAACGGCACGGGUGGGUGGAACAUCGGCAUUGCGUUCUUACUCGGCCUGCUCAGCGUUCAAUGGACGGAUUACGAUGCGACCGCCCACAUAUCGGAGGAAGUGCGCAGGGCAGCUUACGCAGCCCCCUCGGCUAUCUUUAUCGCCGUUAUCGGCACAGGUCUAAUCGGUUGGAUAUUCAACAUCGUGUUGAUUCUAUGUUCUGGGCCUUUGGAAAACCUGCCUGGUCCGACGGGCUCCGCCGUCCUCCAGAUCAUGGCGGACCGGAUGGGCACCCCAGCUGCCCUGUUCCUCUGGGUCUUUGUAUGCCUUACUGCCUUCUUCGUGUCCCAGACCGCGCUCCAGGCAUGCUCGCGCACCGUAUACGCCUUCAGCCGAGACCACGGUCUUCCAGAUGCUGGCUACUUUGGCCAAGUUUCGCGAUCGACCAAGACGCCCCUGCGCGCUAUCUGGGCCACGACGAUCUUCUCUAUCCUCCCUGGUCUCCUGGACCUCGCAUCCCCAACGGCAGCCAACGCCAUCUUCUCCGCGACGGCUAUGGCACUCGAUACGAGCUAUAUCAUUCCCAUUUUCCUGCGCCGGUUGUACGCGAACCACCCCGAGGUCGACUUCAAGCCCGGCCCGUUCUACAUGGGCGACGGCCUGCUCGGCUGGGCGGCCAACGUCACCUGUAUCCUGUGGACCGUCUUCGUCUGCAUCAUCUUCUCUCUGCCGAACGAUCUGCCAGUCACGCCGCUGAACAUGAACUACUCGUCGGUCAUCACGGUCGGCGUCAUCGUACUGAGCUUGGUAUGGUACUUCGCUGGCGCACGGCUGCACUACCACGGCCCCCAGUCCAACGUCGAGCACGCCUCGGAAGGAGGUAAGCCCAGAGACGAUGACAAGAGCGAGGAGUUGAAGGAGAAGGCCUAA